CCGGCGCUGCGGCGGCAGUCAUGGCGGAAGCGGCUUUGGACGCCGUGCGGAGGGCGUUACGAGAAUUCCCGGCCGCGGCAAGGGAGCUCAGCGUGCCUCUGGCUGUGCCCUACCUGGACGAGCCCCCCACUCCACUCCACUUCUACCGGGACUGGGUCUGCCCCAACAGGCCCUGCAUCAUCCGCAAUGCUCUGCAGCACUGGCCGGCCCUCCAGAAGUGGUCACUCCCUUACCUGAGGGCCACAGUAGGCUCCACAGAGGUGAGUGUGGCUGUGACCCCAGAUGGCUACGCAGAUGCAGUGCGGGGAGACCGCUUUGUGAUGCCAGCCGAGCGCCGCCUGCCCCUGAGCAGCGUGCUGGACGUGCUGGAGGGCCGGACCCAGCACCCUGGAGUCCUCUAUGUGCAGAAGCAAUGCUCCAACCUGCAGACCGAGCUGCCCCAGCUGCUGCCUGACCUGGAGCCUCACGUGCCCUGGGCCUCCGAGGCGCUGGGAAAGAUGCCCGAUGCUGUGAACUUCUGGCUGGGGGAGGCAGCUGCAGUGACAUCUUUGCACAAGGAUCACUAUGAGAACCUCUACUGUGUUGUCUCGGGAGAGAAGCACUUCCUGUUACAUCCGCCCAGCGACCGGCCCUUCAUCCCCUAUGAGCUGUACACACCAGCAAUCUUCCAGCUCACCGAGGAGGGUACCUUUAAGGUGGUGGAUGAAGAGGCGGUGGAGAAGGUGCCCUGGAUCCCACUGGACCCUCUGGCGCCAGAUCUGGCCCGGUACCCUGGGUACCGUCGGGCGCAGGCCCUGCGCUGCACCGUGCAGGCCGGCGAGAUGCUCUACCUGCCAGCCCUGUGGUUCCACCAUGUCCAGCAGUCCCACGGCUGCAUUGCCGUGAAUUUCUGGUACGACAUGGAGUACGACCUCAGGUACAGUUACUUCCAGCUACUUGACUCUCUCACCAAGGCCUCAGGCCUCAACUAGUGGAGCCCUGGUGAACAUUGCCACCCACAGCUCAGGGAACAGUCAGGCCCCUCCAGGGCCAGGUCGAUUCUAGAGACACCUCGGAGGCGACAUGCACACCGGCUGCUGGUCCGGGCCCGGCUUGGGUUGGGAUCAGCUUUAGAGACUCUUGGAUGGGAUCAGUAGGACCAGGAAGUGCCAGGCAGGUCUAGGUGAGGCUUCCUGGGAAGUUGCCACACAGGUGAGGCAGUGACCUGUCACCAGGAAGAGUGGAGCUUCAGGUCCAGCACCGCCUCUCGGCAGCUUGGUGGCCGUGGGCAAGCUACUGCGUCUCAGAGCAUUGGUGUCCUUGUCUGUAAAACAGAGAUAAUAAUGGUCCUACCUCACAGGCUGCUGUGGGGCCUGGAGGUGGGGUCUGUAAGGCCCCAGCGCUGACAGGGCCUGCAUGGAGGAGACGCACAAUAAAAGGCAGCGAUUCAUAGGCUGUGACUCUCUCUCUUGAAGUUGCCUUCUGU